UUGAUAUGACCUCUGAAAUCCCGAUCUUUUACAGGUCAGUCCCUCUGUGUAUAGCAGUACAUUACUGUAUAAAACCACUCGAUGGUGGAAGAAAAAAGUAUAUCGCCAAGGAGCUAAAUAUCACUUAGUCAACUCGCUGAAAUAGAAUUCAGUCAUUAACAAAGAAUCGAAUUUCUAGGAGAAAAAGUGUUAAUAAUACCUUUAAGUGAAUAAUAUCUGUAAAAGAUUACAGGUCGUGUUCUUAAAAUCGAGGUGUAGUUUUGGCUAGUCGAGGCAUAUAACCUCAAAUAAUUUUUUAUUGUACAUAGUGAAAAUUAUAAGUAAAUACAAAUAAUUAAGAAAGUAAUGGAUAACAAAAGUGACGUAAUUAGGGUGAAGGAAGAACCGAACGAUUUCUCUCAAGAUGCAAGUGACGAUUACGUUUUCGACUUGGCGAACUCUUGCAAAGCUGAAAAAUAUUCAACACUUCCGUUUUAUGAAUCAUCAGAAAAUCACAUGAAUCAGCCUAUUGAAUUACAGAAAAAUGUUGAUGAAAAAAUAUCCAUAGAAUUUGAGUGCACACGUUUUAAACUUGAACCGACGUCUCUGUCAACGAUUGUCUGCAAAUCUGAGUUUCAACAUAUUCAACCUAUUAUCGUAAAAAUGGAAAACAAAAAUCAGAUCAACGAUGUAAAUGAAGAUAUUUUUGUUAAAAUUGAGUGUAAGGAUGUAAAACCGAAACUGAAGCCAUUAUCAAAAACCAUGUACGAAAAUGAAUAUCAAAAUAAUCUACCAAUUGUAAAAGUAGAAAAUCAGAUCAACGAUGUAAAUGAAGAUAUUUUUGUUGAAUUUGAGUGUAAGGAUGUAAAACCGAAAUCGAAGCCAUUUUCAAAAACCAUGUACGAAAAUGAAUAUCAAGGUAAUCUACCAAUGGUGAAAGUAGAAAAUCAGAUUCAGGCUAAUGAUAAGAAUCAGGUGAAAUUGAUGAACAAUGAAUGCGGUAAUAAUGAUAGUCAAUUCCAAAAAACUUCCCGAUUGAAGCUUAAACAUACUAAUACGAUACGUAAGAAUAUUAGACCGCAUGAAUGUGAAAUCUGCUUUACAUCAUUUGUAAAGCAAAGUAACCUCAAACGUCACUUCAACGCCGUACAUAAUUGGAGCAGACCCUUUGAAUGCAAGAUUUGUCACAAGUCAUUUAGACAAAAAAUUCAUCUCAAACUUCACGUAAUGGCGGUACAUAAUCAUAGCAAUCCCUUCAAGUGUGACACUUGUCACAAAUCAUUUAGUUACAAGGGAGAUCUCAAGAAACACAUAAAUGUAGUACAUGAUGGUUGUAAACCUUUCGAAUGUCAGAGUUGUCGGAAAUCAUUUGGACUAAAACAGAAUCUUAAGAGGCACGUCAUAAUGGUGCAUAAUCGAAGUAAAUUUUUCGAAUGUGACAUAUGUCAUAAGUCAUUUGGACUAAAACAGAAUCUCAAAUCUCACAUUAAUAUAGUGCAUAAUCAAAGCAAACCCUUCGAAUCAAACCUUUUGAGUGUGACGUGUGCCUCGUAUCAUUUGGACUCAAGAGUACCCUCAAAACUCAUAUAA